AUUUCAACGUUUUAUAAACAUAGCCAAAAGCCACAAAACCAUAAAACCAAACCCCAAGUGUAAAGCAAAGAGAGUUUUCCAGAAUAAGAAUCUUGAAUUCAAUACCAAAGAGAGAAAAAGGAAACACAGAGUCAUCACAAUUUAUAAACUCAAAAUAUUGCAAGACUGAAUUUUUCUCUACUUUUCUAACUCGUUUCGAACCAAUCCUACACUUGUUGUUGUUGUUCUUGAAAAUCGCAAAAAGGAUUUUCGGACUUAACGAAACGGGAGGAAAGCUGCUGUCGGUAUUGAAAACGUCCUUACUAUGGCGGAAGAAUUUCAACUAGGAAAUGGAAAUUGGUGGGAUAAUACGUCGAUAUCGAGGAAUAGUACGCCUACUGCAGCUUCCACUACAAUAAGUAACAUGUCAAGCAACUAUAGUAAUUGGCAGAAUACAGAAACUCAAGUGGACAUCAAACCUAGGACUUUCUUGAAUUCUGGUUCAGUACUGUCUGAAUCUUCCGGUGGAGGCAGCGGCGGCGGCGGCGGAGGCGGAAGUAGAGGCGUUUUAUCUGGUGAUAAUAAUUUUCAAAUGAUGGGUUUAGGCCUUACUUCUCAACCACAUGAAUGGAACCAAUCUUUAUUGAGGGGUGAAAAAGCUGAGAGUGGGUUUUCUUCUAUACUUCAACAAGAAGAUUUAAGUUCAAAUAAUACAAAUAAUUAUCAGCUAGAAGCAUCUAAUUCUCAACAAGAUCAUCAUUGGAAUAGACAGAAAAUAUAUUCUGGGAAUUCUGAGGAUUCUUCAUCAGUGGAUGAUUAUAAACAAAUGAAUUUUGUUUAUAAUAUUAAUCCAUCAAAUAAUUAUGGUUUAAGCCAAGAAUCAGCAGCUCAAGAUAAUCAUGUGAUGCAUUCAUCUACAACUUCUUCUUGGUCUAAAUUUCCUCAGCUUCUCCGAACAUCCCCGCCGGGACAGCAGCCGCUGCCGCCGCCGCCUCACAGUCAGCUGCAUUUCUCAAAUAAUACUCCUUUUUGGAAUGCUAGUGCAGCUGCCAUGAAUGAUGUCCCUUCAAGUCUAUUUCCUUCUAAUUUGCAUCCUCAACUUCCCAUUCCAACGGUUGAUGAGAAAACAAAGAAUACAGGAGAAAUUAGAGAUAUAAAUAGAAUGUCAAAGAAAACUAGCAGUGAAAUAUCAAAUAAAAGACCACGGGAUGAAACUCCAUCUCCUUUGCCAGCUUUUAAGGUGAGGAAAGAGAAGAUGGGAGACAGAAUCACUGCACUUCAACAAUUAGUCUCACCUUUUGGAAAGACUGAUACAGCUUCUGUACUCUCGGAAGCAAUUGAAUACAUAAAGUUCCUCCAUGAUCAAAUUGGUGCAUUAAGCGCCCCUUACAUGAAAAGUGGAUCAUCUGCAAUGCAACAUCAACAGAGUAAUAAUAAAUCCGAGGAUGCAGAAGGACGAAACCAAGAUCUUAGAAGUCGAGGAUUAUGUUUGGUACCAGUUUCAAGCACUUUCCCAGUAACUAAUGAAACGACAGUUGAUUUCUGGACACCUACAUUUGGUGGAACAUUCAGAUAAUUAUAACUACUUAGGCUGAUGCAGAAUUUAAACUUGACGGGAUCAACUUCUAAGGUUCUUACCGUUAAAUCUGUUGCACUUUCGAAAUUAUAGGUUCAAAAUUUAAUAUUUUUUGGAAUUAAUUUAGUAAUUUUUUACAUAUA